UAAGGGCAGCGUUCUGAGUGCCGUACCGUCGGCUGCAUUGCAAUGUUGGCCGGCUACUUAUGCGAGAAUUGCUGCAUCACAUUCGGUAGGCUUGUCCAGGUUACUGCUUCUCUUACAUUGCCUCGUUCUUUGGAAAGAAGUCCGUCUCCUCAGAGCUCUACCUCUUGACCAUGACCUCGCCAGCCUUUUCAUGUUGAUCUUUACGACUUGGUACCAUUCGCAAUUGAUCUCCUAAGAUGCUGAACCUCAUCGUUCUUUUGUGUGCUAUUGCCUUUCUCACAUCAUCAAUAACUAUUUUGGCAUUCAGUAAGAAGCAUCGAAAUGUACUUUUGGAGCGCUUCCGUAUCACUCGCAGCAGAGCGUCUGGUUCCUUCACCCCACCAAGGUCUCUCUCGCCGGAAAAGCAAGGUCUACCUCCUAAUACUGUCCCGCCCAAGGCGGAGUAUGGCGAUGUCUUUCCGCCUUCGCGAAGACAUGCUCUUGCAGACCUGCAACCAGGCGCCUUGACUGGCCCUGGCCAGUCCGCCAAAAGGUUGAGCGACUGGAGUCCAGACUACACCAAGCGGGUGCCCGAUACUGAAGUACCAAGCGUGAAUGCCUUUGCGGAUCACGUAACAGCCACUGGCUUCACAAUUGAGGAGAUCAAGCGGCUAGGUGACUUCCCCGAUUAUUCCACGCUCAGUGGCGUACCGUUGCCCAAGGCGUACGAAAGCUUCGAUCUUUCGAGAGCACGACCAAGGCCAUACAGACCGCUAAGGUGGGCUUAUCACCAAACGAUGUCGUUGACCAAACUAGAGCCUGAUUGGUGGCUGGAACUCGAGCAUACCUAUGCCAGUCGCGUGAAGCAGCGCAUUGAGCUCUUCGAGAAGUUCGGACCGUUGGUCUUGCAGCAGCUUCCAGGCUCGGAGCUCGCAGCCAAAGAGCUCAUGGAGAUGUGUCUUCAGUUCUUGUGCGCCCGGUAUCCGCAGCAUUUCCGAUUAGACGUGGCACAGAAAGUCUUCCAUAAUGGCAUCCUGGAGACACAAACAGAUCUCCGCGUAACGGAGCCGCUGCACGUGCUUCUUCACAACGUACCCGAGGAUUUUGCGAUCAUGAUUCGGAACCCUAUCACCGGUAUUUACAGCUUCAGAGGAGGCAUAAUCUGCUCGAGUCUAGGGUGGAACCUAGGAAGCAAGAUCGGCUUAAAGCUGCACGAGAUCCACGCACCCAUCCCGGAUUACAAGGAAAAGAUGCAGUUCUCGAUGGACAGGUACUUCGCGAAAAAGCCUACCGACAAGGCUAUACAACGCGGCAGCUGGGGCCUCGAAAUCGAUGAGCCAUUGUUCAUGCCGCCGGACUCUCCGCAUGGCAAGUUACGAGAAGCACAAGAUCCGACACACACCGUUGACCGCUGUAACCUUCGAGUCGACUGGCAGACUUUACGGCGUCUGCCUCUAUCUGGAGCGGUGAUCUUCAACUUCAAGGCGCUGUUUACGCCCGUGUCUGAGUUCAGAGACGAGCCUUACAUCCCAACAUUACUUCUCAAAGUACUGCGCGAAGGCAAGCGGAACCUGAUGGAGUACAAGGACACUUGGCAUACUGAGCAUGUCGUUAUUCCCGCGCUUGAGGAGUAUGAGCGAGAACAGAUCGCCAAUGGUCUGGUGGACAAGGACUGGGAGCCACAUACUCUGGACGAAUCACCGUUCUUCCCAGGUUGGGAGGAAAAGUGGCAUCGACAGCAAGGUUUCUAACCACACCAAAUACUGCACUGCUGUCAUUAUUGGUGCUCUCUGUCGUCUGAUCAAACAGUACAGUCCAUCAGCCCGAAAGCCGAACCUUCCCCGCACAAAACAUCCAAGCACAUCGAACCUUCACUCCACCCUGCUUGCCGCUUCCCCACCACGAUCGCGUGAAGACCUAAUGCCCUAGCUAAAACGCUUCCAUGGCGCAGAGACAUCACUGAGUCAAGCAUGCAUCUAGCAACCUAACAAUCGGUGCCGCUUUUCAGUAUGCCCGAGGUCCGCGCCACCAUGAGGUGCUGGGCCCGUUCCACCUUCGUACUUGCAAGAGCCAACACGCGUCUCCGUUU